UGUAGUGACCACGUGGCGGCAGCAGCUGCUUCCCGCGCUGCAGCUCCUCAACUUUGGCACCGGAAGCGGAAGUUCGUUCCUUUCUUGUUUCUGCUUGUUGAAGAGACGCUCGUAGACGAUGGCUCCUCGUAAAGGGAAGGAGAAGAAGGAGGAGCAGGUGAUCAGUCUGGGUCCUCAGGUGGCCGAGGGAGAGAACGUGUUCGGUGUCUGUCACAUCUUCGCCUCCUUCAACGACACCUUCGUCCACGUCACCGACCUCUCUGGGAAGGAGACGAUCUGCCGUGUGACCGGUGGGAUGAAGGUGAAGGCCGACAGAGACGAGUCGUCUCCGUAUGCCGCCAUGUUGGCGGCGCAGGACGUCGCUCAGCGCUGCAAAGAGCUGGGAAUCACAGCGCUGCACAUCAAGCUGAGGGCCACCGGAGGAAACAGGACUAAGACUCCUGGUCCUGGAGCUCAGUCUGCUCUCAGAGCUCUGGCUCGAUCCGGCAUGAAGAUUGGACGUAUCGAGGAUGUCACUCCAAUCCCGUCGGACUCGACCAGGAGGAAGGGCGGACGCCGCGGUCGCCGUCUGUAAACGCCAAGAUUUACCCACAAUAAAAACGUUAAAGUCAAA